AAGAAUUUGUUCUCGAACCAGAUGCCUGUACACCAUUUGGCUCUUACGAGAUUAAUACUACCCCCGCAGAAGACGAUAAUGGAUCUAGUACAUCACGGAACUUAAAAACUAUACUUCCAAUAUAAAGUACAGUGAUGUACCAUAUUUUUUCAAGGUUAUUUCAGCUGAUAUAGUUAACCCUUGUUGGCCAAGAUGUUAGUGCGCACCCGGGGAUCUUAAGUGGGAGAAAACCGGAGUACACGAAGAAAACCCAUGUUGCAGUCGAACAGGUGAUCCCGUGCAUUUUCCUCGUGGGAUAGGGGAAUCGAACACCGGCUGCCUUUGUGAAAGGCGACCUGGAUCUCUACGUCACAGUCUUGUGUGGGCUGUGACAUUGUGCCUGUCCAUUGCUUCCGCGGUCUACAUUCGACCUGUUGUUUUUCCGAACGGGACUGUAGGAGUCGAGGUCAUAGAGACAGACGACAGAAUAGUCACCCCCGGGGAUGCCACUAAUUCCGAGGGACAGGAAAUCGACAUGGAAGCUUUUGAGUUCCCGCUUACAAAACAAGAUGUGGAGUGGCUAAGUUCCUUACUGCGCCUGCCGGAAACAGGCGAGUUACGGAUCAGGAAAGAGUACCGUGUCUUGACGGACGAAGAAAGGCGCGAUUUCCACCAGGCACUUAAUAUUCUCAAAAAUGAUACGUCUGUGAGCCUCAACAAAUAUGAUCUCUUGGCCAAUAUCCAUUCUCGAUCGUCUGCGAACAAAGCUGCGCACGCAGGCCCGGGAUUCCUCGGAUGGCACCGAGUUUUCUUACUGAUGGUGGAGAACGCGCUGAGGCAGGCCUGUCCAAACGUAACCAUACCGUAUUGGGAUGUCACGCUUGACCAACGAAUGGACAAGCCGUACCAGUCGGUCAUCUGGUCUGGGGACUUUCUGGGAACAGGUCAUGGUCCAGUGUUCGAUGGUCCAUUCAAGCACUGGGAAACUCCGUUUGACUUUGGCCACCUAGAGCGCCUUGUUUCGGCACAGGGACGCCUGCUUUCCGACGCGGACAUCAAAAGGAUCAUGUCUCAGAAAAGGCUGGGUGAAAUCAGUUAUUUUUCUGCUAGCUCAAAUACCAACUUAGAGGCGCUCCACAACAGAGUACAUGUAUGGGUUGGUGGUCAGAUGAGAAAGAUUGAAAUAGGUGCAUUCGAUCCCAUUUUUUAUCUCCUCCAUUCAUUUGUUGACAAGAUUUGGGAGGACUUCCGGUUACACCAGAGGACAGAAGGCGUCGAUCCUCAAAAGGAUUUUCCCGAGUUUUACGGGAGAGCAGGUCACGCUCCUCUAGCUCCUAUGGGUUUAGGCAGUCUCGGUGUAUUAGACGGUCUCAGUGACGUAUGGGGUCACGGGGUGCAGUAUCGACCACGACCCACGUGCAAAGCGACCACAACGAAUUCCAUCUGUGAUUCUCCUUAUCUUAAAUGUAACUCCAAAUAUUUCUGUGUUUCUAUUUCCAAAACCGAUACCAUGGUUUCUAUUAGUACGUCAAUUCAAGAGAAAGUUGAAUCUGAAAACAUGAGCAAUCGGAUCACGAUGAACCAAGAAAAUCUGUCCGGUGGCAAUAAUUCGUCUACUUCCGGUACACGUAUCUUUAACAAUUCAAGAAUUAUUGAUGAACACGAGCCCGAAACUGUCAAAGAUGUAAACAGCGGUAAUACGUCACAGGGCACAAUUAAUAUAACUGCACGUGAUUACCACCGAUACAUACUCCAAUUUAACAUGUACACUGAUAAAUUCCACUCAUUAAGUCAUCCAUUACCUCACAACUACCAAUAUCCAUCACUCGAAAUAUUCGACUUAUAGUAUACAAAUUACUCAUCAAUACAGCAUUUUGCAGAUUCAAACAUGUGGCAUGUAAGCUUACUUUAAAUUAAUUUAAUUUGAUUUUUUCAGAAAUUGCAACAUAACCAUAGAAAAGAAAAUAUGUACUAACGUAAUCAUCUAACGGUUGAACAGUAAUUGUCUCGUUGGAACUGUAGCAGCCAGGGAAUACGAGUGGGAAAUGCUACCUUAUCACCUUGGGGCUCGCUCACUAAUUAAGCAUCAUUGAGGAUGGAUUUGUGAAAGGGACAAAGUCCGAUUUUAACAGCCCAUCACCUGAUGAUGCUGGACUUAAAACGAGAGAAAGUUUUAUCAUUUUCUUAAGGUUUAAGAUAACAGUGAAACACUAUUCGACUUCUCAGGAACAUCCGUGUCAAACUAAAUUUGUUAAAUAUUGAAUAUUUAGAUAUAAAGUGAAUUUCUUUAACACUUUCAACAGAAAUUUUGGCGACAAAUAAUAAAGUAUUUUCUACUUUGACUGCAAUGAAUGAAUCUUCUGGGAAUUUCCGUGCCGAACAUCUGCAUCCUGGUUCAAAGUCUUUAAAUAUAUAUAUAUUAAUGAUUUUUUUAACCACUUUCAACAAAACUAACGAACGCCGCAAAUAAGUCUUCAAAACUCAAUGGGUUACGCUCACUUUCGCUCUCUGCACCCCUGAAAUAUGUCAUUGCAAAAACACUUACCAAUCGCUAGGUUGAUGCCUGUCCUUUGAAAAUUACAGAGAAGGGACAGCCGACUUCAAAGCCAGUCGGUUUUACCGUUACGGGGCCGACAUCAAACUAGUCUUAUCGUCUCAUCGUACGAGUUUGCCACGACAUAUAUAGGUCCAUGAGAGGGAAACGGGAACUACGCAUAGACAUGGAUCCAUCAUCCUUGAUAUCCAGGGCUUCCGCUCAC